AUGCCGGUGCAAAUCCGCAUCCUUCCGACGACUCGAAAGCAAUUGACUCCGAUGGAGAAAUAUUUUGGAAGCAAGAGCGUCGAGUGCGUUCUCUCUGACAUUUUCUGGGCAUCAAUGAAAGGAGACGUUAGUCGUGUGAAGUAUCUGGUCGAAGUAGAAGGAGACAGUCCAACGGAUAGUAAGCUGGACCCGUGGAAUCUUCACCAAACGCCUCUCCACUGGGCAGCAAAAGGCGGGUCAGUGCCAGUUGUGAAUUAUUUACUUUCAGCAGGUGCAAGUCCAAGAUGUUUGGACGAGAACGGCAGUUUACCCCUGCAAGUUUGUAACGUUUGUUCAAAGCUGGGGAGCUUGUACACUGACGCUGAAUCGGUGUGCGCUCAUGGCAGACACCUCUCGUGUUGGGCUGGUCACGUUGACACCAGUAUAUUGCUGCUACGUGCCUCCGACCAAAAGGAUCUAUACGUUCAGGACUAUGAUGGUGCAAUGAGUCCCCUGGAUUGGGCAAAUGUUCGGGAACACACAAAGCUGCUUAAAGCGAUCGAAAAGGUGAAUGUACCAGGACUCCUUAUGGCUGCCUAA